AUGUGGAAAUCUAUAUCACAUUCUAUUCGAGGUUUUGGGCAAAAGAAAAACAUAGCUGAGCUAGCCAGAGUUUGCCAUGAAAUUUCAGAUGAUGAGAUCUCUUCAAAUGCUAGCACUGACGAAGGGCUGGAAUGCCCAAUAUGUUGGGAAUCAUUUAAUAUUGUCGAGAAUGUGCCUUAUGUUUUAUGGUGUGGCCACAGCCUCUGCAAGAACUGCGUCCUGGGGCUUCAUUUGGCUACUCUGAAGUUUUCUGCCCAUCAGAUCCAGAUUCCUUUCUUUGUUUCCUGUCCUUGGUGUAAUUUGCUGACAUUUCGUCUCCUUUACAAGGGUAAUCUUCGAUUUCCAAGCAAGAACUUCUUCAUACUGUGGAUGGUGGAGAGCAGAAAUGGUGAGAGGGUGAAGGCACUUUCCUCCAUCUGCAGAGAUCGUCAACAAAUAUUGUCCCAACGCUGCCCUUUAUCCGGAAACAGCCUUCCUGACGCCACCAACAGGAGGGUGCAUCGUCUUGGUCAUCCAAGCUACAUCAAUAACCACCGCCGCUACAGGGAUAGAUUCACUUCUGAAAGACUCCAGAUGUCCUUCCACAAAUCCCUCGACUUUUUCAUUAGAGCGAUGGCCAAGAUUCCACUGGUUAUACUGCUCAUGAUUGUCACAUUUGCGUUACCUGUGAGUGCUGCCAUCUUAAUGCUCUACUUGGCCAUAACAAUUCUCUUUGCGGUUCCUGCCUUCUUGGUGCUGUAUUUUGCAUAUCCCGUGCUUGAUUGGCUGGGACGUGAGAUGAGAACUUAGAAAUAUAUUAUUCUAUUCAAUUGUUCUCGUGGUUUUAGUCCUUGAUAGAUUGCAAUCUGGUUGUAGGGCAAGAUAUGUUGUACAUGGAACUCAAACUUUUUCCUUCUUGAUGAUGAAAAUGUUGAUUAGUCUA